AUGAGAUUGUCCUUGGCAUAUACAUUGUGCCUUGCCUGGACAGCGUGUGCAGCUGUUAUUCCUCGUGGGCCUCCCUACUUCCAUACCGCGAGCCUCAAUGUAUCCCACCCCACAAGCUUCAAUCACACUGCAGCUGGCAAUCAUACUGUGGGCAGGAAAGUGUUCAUACGGCCUCGCAGGCUUUCAAACCGUGCCGUGAGACUCAAUGUAUCCGGCAUUGCGCCUGCACAAGUUAGUCAGACACCGACGCCUACGCUCAUGCUCACGCCCUCAUCCAUACACCCGUCCUCGUCCGCACCCAGUGUCUCCUCCAUCUCCGUCUCUUCCUCCGCCUCUGCCUCUGGAUAUCUCUCGGCCGCCUACUUCGUGAACUGGGCCAUCUACGGGCGGAAAUAUAACCCCCAAGACCUCCCAGCAGAACGCCUCACACAUGUCCUGUACGCUUUUGCCAACAUCAACCCCAAUACUGGAGAAGUCUAUCUCUCCGAUACGUACGCGGAUCUAGAGAAACACUACUCUGGAGAUCCGAGCGACGGCUCCGGAACAAACGUCUACGGAUGCGUCAAGCAGCUCUUUCUGCUGAAGCAGCAAAACCGCAAGCUGAAGGUCUUACUGUCCAUCGGUGGAUGGACGUAUUCCUCCAGCUUUGCCCAGGCUGCCAGUACGGAGGCGGGAAGAAAGGCUUUUGCAAGUUCUGCUGUGCAGCUAUUGCAGGACCUGGGGUUUGAUGGGUUGGAUAUUGAUUGGGAGUAUCCCGAAGGCGACGAUGAGGCAAGAAACAUGGUGUUGCUCCUUCAAGAAGUGAGGACCGCUUUGGACGAGUACAGCUCAGCCCAUGCAAAUGGGUAUAAACUCCUCCUCACAGCUGCUACAUCAGCAGGCCCACUGCACUAUGAAAAUCUCCACGUCGCGGAAAUGGACAAAUACCUCGAUUUCUGGAACAUCAUGGCCUACGACUACUCCGGCAGCUGGGACACGAUAGCCGGUCAGGAUGCCAAUGUGUAUCCCUCCACCGAUAACCCGGCGAGCACACCCUACAACACCAACCAGGCCGUGACGUAUUAUCUAUCGUCUGGCGUUAGUCCCAAGAAGGUCAUCCUGGGUAUGCCGCUUUAUGGUAGAUCCUUCAUGAAUACAGACGGACCGGGUUCGGCCUUCUCCGGCAUCGGUGGAGGGAGCUGGGAGAAUGGAGUGUGGGAUUACAAAGCCUUGCCUCAGGAAGGGGCGGAGGUGACUGUCCUCAAUCAGGAGAUUGCGAGUUACAGCUAUGAUUCGACGAAGAAGAUGAUGAUCAGUUACGACACGCCGGACGUGGCGAGGAUGAAGGCUGAGUAUAUCAAGAGUCAGGGGUUGGGGGGUGGAAUGUGGUGGGAGAGCAGUGGUGAUAAGACUGGGGAUGAAAGUCUUAUCUCUACGGUCGUCGAUGCAUUCGGUGGCACAGCCGGAUUAGACCAGUCCCCGAACGAACUCAGCUACCCCGUUUCCAAGUACGAUAAUCUCCGAAACGGGUUCCCGUCUAGCUAGACAUGGGAUCAUGACCAGAGGGAGAAAGGAUAAGGGUUACGUCUUCCACGAAUCGGAGUAUCUUUCUAGUCUCGUCUAGAAAGGAUGUCCAUGAAAGACAGCAUCACGCAUAUUUACUUGUAUUCAUCACCUACAUCGAGCCUAUUACGUGCCAGGGGCCAUGAUUUAAUGAUCUAAUGGUGAUAUGAUGGAAUUGAUUUAAUGAGGAGAUGGUUAUGGAUUGUAUUCUAGCUCAAGAUAGC